AUGACCCACCAUUAUAAUUAUUAUAUAUUUUUUCACCUAGACUUAAUUGGUCCCUUGCCGAUUUCUGGUGGAAACCGCUACUGUUUAACAGUCAUAGACCGGUACACCAGAUGGCCAGAGGUUAUACCACUUCCCGAUAUAACAGCUGAAACUGUGACUAAAGCGUUCCUGGCUGGAUGGAUCUCUCGCUACGGCUGUCCUAGAAAGGUUAUAACGGACCAAGGGAGGCAGUUUGAAUCUCGAUUGUUCCAGAAUUUAGCAAAGUUGUGCGGGGUGAAGUUAGCAAGAACGACUGCGUACCAUCCCAAGGCUAACGGAAUGAUCGAAAGAUUUCAUCGUACUCUCAAGACUGCAUUAAUGACGCAUGGUGGCAAGGACUGGACUGAAUCUCUUCCAGUGGUUCUCCUUGGUUUGAGAGCGGCGUGGAAGGAAGAUUUGCAGUUUUCGUCCGCAGAGUUGGUAUUUGGAGAACAGCUCCGUAUCCCUGGCGAGUUCAUGACUUCUAGUCCGAAUAAGGUUGAGUAUCCAGACUUUAUUAGAGCUCUUCGUCACAAAAUGUCUGAGUUGCGACCCUCACCAUCUUCUAAUCAUGCACAGCCUAGAGUGUUUAUACAUAGAGAUUUAUCUGACGCAACCCACGUAUUUUUACGACAGGACUUGCUGAGAGGAUCUUUAGAACCACCAUAUGCAGGUCCUUACAAAAUAAUUUCAAAAACAAACAAGACAAUGGAUUUAUCAAUCGGGAAUAAAAUAGUCAAAGUCAGCUUAGACAGAGUAAAGCCUGCAUAUAUACUAAACGAGGAACAAGGAGACGACAAAAAGAACCUAAGCACACGAAAAACUACCAGAUCAGGUCGUACGGUUCGAUUCCCGGACCGUUACGUUCCGUAA